AUGGCAACUAAUACUAGACCUAACAAACGUAAAUCUAAUUACAAUCUUAAUCAAAUAAUUAAUGUAAUUUGCUACAAAGAUGUUACUAACGAAUUUGUUGAACAAAUUACAGACCUACUCGGUGACUCUGUAAUCAUUAGAGUUAAUCGAUACUGUAAUAAUAUUAUUAAUGUAAUUUGCCCUGAUGAAACCAGUUAUAAAGAGUGUUUCAAUCAAUUAGUGCAAGGAAGUCAUGGAGGAAAAUUCAUAUUAGAAUGCUUUCCAUCUCCAGCAAUCUUUAAUCCUAAACCUUUAGCACUUUCACAUACUACUUCCAGUAAAACUACUCACCUUAAAAUGCUAGAAAAUAUUAUUAGCAAAUAUAUAUUGGAAGAUAAUAUUUCUGUUGAGGAACUCUACACUAACUAUUCUCAUAACCAAUUUAUAAUUAGAAUAUCAUUUGAGGAUCAAACUAUUGCUCUCAAAUGGCACAAAAUCUUGGUUAAAUCAAUAUAA